AUGCCGAUCACGCCAAAAGAAAGCACCUUACCAGUGAUCUCUCACAUGGACACAUGGCACCCUCUCAGGAAAUUUCCAGAGUCCCACAUCGAUACACAACUCGAAGUGCACACCCUCCAAGAGUCUAUAAAUAGAGGCACAAACCCCCAAAAGAAAGGUACUGAUCGGUUGCUAGUUUUUCCUUCUCUGAUCAUUGAGGAAGGAUCACCUGGUGCUUUUCCGAAGAACUACCGCUUGACAAAGACAGUGCGAGCCUCAGAGGAUCUUGCUCCUGAGCGAGAUUUGGAGUCCAAUUUCAGUCCUACUUCAACGCCGCACUAUAAACAAGGUCUAACUCUUUUCCUGGUGUUGGCUUGGAGUUUGGCACAGGAAGUUUUAUGGAUAAACUGUUGGGUAAGGGGAAUUUAG